ACCAUUUCCGCAAAUAACCGUCGAUCAGAGGCAGCGGACCGACCUCCCGCCACCGGUGGAACAGUUAGUCCAGACCCGCGUGCGACACCAGAAACACACAGAUUCAACAGCAGAGACUGCAACACUGGCAGCUCUGCCUCCCCUGACCCUCCUCCUGCUGAUGUCCCCCGCGCUGCCUUUGAACUGAGGUUCGUCCCUCCGCCCCGCCGCCCUCGCCGCAGACUCACAGCGAGCGCAUCAUGGUGGAUGUAACCAAAUGGCCCAUUUUCAGCCUGAUGGGGCCCCAGGAGCUCUCCACGAUACGGAAAGCAUGCGUGUUUGGAACGUCUGCUAAUGAGGCCAUCUACAUCACCAAAGAUGAUGAGGUGUAUGUGAUCGGGUUUAACUGCAGUAACUGCCUGGGGACUGGGGACAGCCAGAGCAUAAUUGUACCCAAGAAGCUGGACUUCCUGAGUGGGAGGAAGGUGGUCAGCCUGAGCUACGGCAGCGGGCCCCACAUCCUGCUGGCCACAGAGGUUGGAGAGCUAUUCGCCUGGGGUCAUAAUGGUUACAGCCAACUGGGAAACGGGACAACCAACCAAGGAGUAGCUCCAGUGCUGGUGUCUGCCAACCUGCUCAAUAAGAAGGUCACCGAGGUGGCCUGUGGCUCUCACCACUCGAUGGCUCUGACUGACUCAGGAGAAGUGUAUGCAUGGGGCUACAACAACUGCGGUCAGGUGGGUUCAGGCUCCACAGCGAACCAGCCCACCCCCCGCAGAGUGUCGAGCAGCCUGCAGAACAAAGUGGCUGUCAGUAUCGUCUGUGGGCAGACCUCAUCUCUGGCAGUAGUGGACAACGGAGAGGUGUACGGUUGGGGCUACAACGGGAACGGACAGCUUGGACUUGGAAAUAAUGGGAACCAGCUCACUCCCUGUCGCCUCGUAGCUCUGCAGGGUUUAUGUGUGCAACAGAUCGUCUCAGGCUAUGCCCACUCCCUGGCACUAACAGACGAGGGGCUGCUUUUCGCCUGGGGUGCCAACACAUACGGACAACUGGGCACCGGCAACAAGAGCAACCAGCUGAGCCCACUUCUGAUCAUGACUGAGAAAGAGAGGAUUGUGGAGGUCGCUGCCUGUCACUCCACACACACGUCAGCGGCUAAGACUCAGAGCGGUCAGGUGUACAUGUGGGGCCAGUGCAGGGGCCAAUCCAUAGUGCUGCCUCACCUCACACACUUCACCUGCACCGACGAUGUCUUUGCAUGCUUCGCCACACCCUCGGUCAUGUGGAGGCUUCUAUCCAUGGAGCACGAUGACUUCUUGACCGUGGCUCAGUCUCUGAAGAAAGAGUUUGACAACCCAGAGACAGCCGACCUCAAGUUCUGCGUCGACGGCAAAUAUAUCUGUGUCCACAAAGCAGUUCUCAAAAUCAGGUGUGAACACUUCAGGUCCAUGUUCCAGUCCCACUGGAACGAAGACAUGAAGGAGGUGAUUGAAAUAGAUCAGUUCUCCUACCCAGUGUACCGCUCCUUCCUCGAGUUCCUUUACACGGACAACGUGGAGCUGCCUCCCGAGGAUGCGAUCGGGCUGCUGGACCUCGCCACGUCCUACUGCGAGAACCGGCUGAAACGUCUGUGUCAACAUAUCAUAAAGAGAGGAAUCACCGUCGCAAACGCCUUCUCGCUGCUGUCUGCUGCGGUGCGCUACGAUGCAGAGGUCGGACAACACCAAAGCACCUGGAAGAGUUCUGCUUUAAGUUCUGCGUGCAUCACCUGACUGAGGUGACCCAGACCGCCGCUUUCUGGCAGAUUAGCGGCGACCUGCUCAAAGAUUUCAUUUGUCGAGCCAGCCGCUGUGGAGCCUUCAAAAACUGACCUCGACCGAAGGUCAUUCACAGACUCUGAAGCGGAGGACGACGUGACGACUCCGGGAGUGACUUCUUAAAGGACUCCGUCACUCCCAGUCGGCCGCACGGACCGUCACCGACAGGUGGUCACACACACUUUAAGUCUUUAGAUUAUUACCAUCGCUGUCAAAUGAUUCAACUCAUUCCAGAGUGAGUGUGUCCGUCACGUGAGCGGCCUUCACAGUCCAGUUACAGCAGUUGUUUGCCACAGUGCCUGACUUCCUCUUCGUUGCACAUAUUGUGUAAAGCAGGGGUUGAAAUGCAUCACGAGACUAUCGCUUGAUCAAGUUGUUGCUCCAACUUUAAAUAUUCUUGCUAGUUGCCUGAUAUCACUUUACUUUUUUUCUAUUAUUCUGUUUAAUUGACCAAGUUACUGAUUCUGUGUUUGCACUUGUUUGAAAUUUGAUUUGAGUUCCUCUUCACUAGAAAUACUAGAUAGUUUGGAUGUGCCAUUGAGAAUCAUGGUUUUCAGGUUGAGGUUUGAGGCUGUUUGCACUUUUAGAUGUCAGGACAGAUCAAUAAAGAUUGGACACAAAUGUAUCAAGAAUACAGAUUCAAGGGAACAUUUGCAACCUUUGUAUGUGGAAGUCCAAUCAAGUGUUGAUGGUAAAUGUAGUCAAUUCCUCAGUGCGUGCUAUAUUGACAGAGAAAGCUGAGUUCUUCGGCAGUGCCUACAUGUCCCAGGAUGCAUUGCGUGCAAGCACCUGACACCUAUGGCCAUAUCCUCUUGAUCGGCCUCUCCGCUGCAUUUCUUUGGCCUCUGGCUCGAAUAAAAAUACAAAUAAAGUCCAAGUCAGCAAACACAGUGUCAGAUGUGUCCUCGUCCAUAACACCCUCUGCCGUUCAUCGAAUGGCCACUUGAGGCUGUCAGUCCCAGACGGUGGCUUCACUGCCAAGAUGGCGACAGCCGUAGCCCUUCACUUUGGAGCUUCACAACGUCUCUUCAGGAACCUCUGGGGGAGGUCAUUGAUACUGCGUCCAAAUGUCAUGGAGUCUGAAAAACAAACUUUUAAGUUUUCGGAAGAUAUGUCUUUGAACGGCAUCUAGAAUACGCCCUGUGGUCACACAGAGACGGAGACUACAAAUCAAAGCUGACGCAGUUUGUAGUUCUUCUUUGCAUCCACUGUCAAAUGACAGUGUUUGGAUGCAGGAAGAACAGAUAUCGCAGCUGCCAACUCGGCGUUCUCGCUCAGUAUAGCACGCACUGACGACUUUAUUGCUUCAAUUACCAUCAACACAGAUUAAAUAUCCACGUAACAAUGUGGCACAUUUUCCCUUUUUUAAGUCUGUUUUAGGUCAAACUCCAGUCAGCGAUUUGUAGUCCUCAUGGCCGAGGUUACAGCUACUGUCUCAGGAUGUAAGACGACCCAAAGAGGGAGAUGCGGGUUACGAGUGAGAGUCUUAAACUGUUACAGGUGUGAAAAUGCUGCUGCUUUGUGGCUUCCUUUUAGAUUAGAACGUUUUAUUUCUUGCAGCUGCAACUUCUUAACAUAAAAAAAAAAGCUUCUUGAAUCUCGCACAAAACAAUCCAGUUGGUGUUAACUGGCAGUUUAAGUUUGGAGUGGUUUAAAGUCAGUUUACAGUCGGACAUGUUGCCUUCCACAUGACAUCUACUGUAUGUUAAAAACAAUCAUUUACAGUGUUAACAUUUAUUAAGUUAAGUGACAUCAGCUGGGAGUAUUUUAAUUAUGUGAUUGAUUGAUACUGAGUGUUUUGUGAACUUUGCAAACAAACCGGGAAAAACAAAACUUUUUAAAUAGUUUUUUUAAUAUUAAAUGUAUUUGCAAUGACCUAAGAGUUUGACGGGUAUUUGUCACAAUGAACGAUCUCUUAUUGUGCAUCAAUAAACUACAAGAUGUAAACCAUCUUAUACAGAAAACA